CGUUUAUAACCAAACUAACUUUAUAUAAUGUCUUUGCAGAGUGUCCACAUGGUCGCUGGUUACCGUUUCCUCGCGGUUGCUUGGAAACAACCUUUUGUUGUUUUGUUGAUUUGAGAAAGGAAGUGUGUGUUUUUUUCCCCUUCGGCUUUCUGCAACCCUACAUUAAGUAGCUAGUAGAGGAGGAGGUGUGUUUACACACAGAGAGAGAGAGAGAGACCGGGGGGUGGAUGGAAAACAACCCGUUCGUUAUGGCGUAACUAACUAACUAACAGUAUCUAGUUGUAGGUGUGGACGGUACUGCAGACAAAGAUCAUAAUAAACCCAGAUAGGUCUGAUCAUGUCGUUGAUGCAGGCCUGCCGCAGUUUAGCCCUAUCUACAUGGCUCCUGACGUUUUGUUUCGUUCACCUCCUCUGUUUGGACUUUACCGUGGCCGAGAGAGAGGAGUGGUACACCGCUUUCGUUAAUAUCACCUACAUAGACCCGGUCACCUCUGAAGUCCGGACGGAGAAAGCAGAAUACGGUCGAUACGGGGAACACUCGCUUAAACGCGACGCAAAAGGAGUCGUGGUACUUCCUUCUCUCUCUCAGGAUAGACAAGCCUGUGAUCCCGGUACCCGGUUCUCUGUUCCGGUCCAAGGCAGUGCGUGGAUAGCCCUGAUUGCCAGGGGAAACUGCACAUUUAAAGAUAAGAUAAGACACGCAGCGAGCCAAAACGCCUCGGCCAUCGUUAUAUUCAACGUUGGAUCCAGCAACACCAAUGAUACAAUCACCAUGCCACAUUCAGGUAUGGGUGACGUGGUCGCCAUCAUGAUCCCCGAGCCUAAAGGUCGUGAGGUCGCUGCUCUGCUGGAACGGAACGUCACGGUAACCAUGCACAUCACCAUAGGAACGCGUAACCUCCAGAAGUACGUGAGCAGGACUUCGGUGGUGUUCGUCUCCAUCUCCUUCAUCAUCCUGAUGAUCAUCUCUCUGGCCUGGCUCGUCUUCUACUAUAUACAGAGGUUCAGAUACGUCAACGCACGAGACCGCUACCAGAGGCGUCUGGGAGAUGCAGCUAAGAAGGCCAUCAGUAAGCUGCAGGUCAGGACCAUCAGGAAGGGAGAUGGGGAGACGGAGUCAGACUUUGAUAACUGUGCCGUGUGUAUCGAGGGUUACAAGCCAAACGACGUGGUCAGGAUACUACCCUGCAGACAUCUGUUCCAUAAGAACUGUGUGGACCCCUGGCUGCUGGAUCACAGGACCUGUCCCAUGUGUAAGAUAGACAUCCUCAAAGCCCUGGGCAUCGCUUUAAAUGCAGACUGUCUGGAUGACCUGCCCUUGGACUAUGAGAUGGUGGGUGGGGUGGGGGUGGAGGGUCUGGUCCUGGAGGCUGUGGUGUCGGCAGGAUCCAGUGACGGGACCUCAGUGAGGGGGGGUCGGUGGUUCUAGACCGGGGAUGCGGAGGGUGGGGCUACCCCAAGACUACCACGACCCAGACCCUCUGAGGGACAGUCCCAUUACCGUUACUUAUACUGAUACCCACACAGGUGAACUCCUGCCCGUGACGAGCAGUGCGUCCCUGGUGUUCGCUGUAGAAACAGGGCUGUCGGACGAAGACCUUUCACUGGAACAACCAGCCCCUGCUGGGGACAACAAGUCCUGAGACCCGGGCCACACCAGGACCAGAACAAGGUCUUACCUGGGUGAGUCUGGGUUACCUUGGUUCUGUAUUGUCUUGACUAUACUUGGGACAAAUCUAACUUGGGACAGAGGACAGAGACAUACCUGUAGGCUGGAUAAACCUGCCUUGAAUGGGCCUACCUGGAAUGGGCCUACCUGGAUGAACCUACCUGGAAUGGGACUACCUGGAUAAACCUACCUGGAAUGGGCCUACCUGGAUAAACCUAACUGGAAUGGGCCUACCUGGAUAAACCUAACUGGAAUGGGCCUACCUGGAUAAACCUAACUGGAAUGGGCCUACCUGGAUAAACCUACCUGGAAUGGGCCUACCUGGAUAAACCUACCUGGAAUGGGCCUACCUGGAUAACCCUACCUGGAUUGGGCCUACCUGGAUAAACCUACCUGAAUGGGCCUACCUGGAUAAACCUACCUGGAAUGGGGACCUACCUGGAUAAACCUACCUGGAAUGGGCCUACCUGGAAUAGGCCUACCUGGAUAAACUUACCUGGAAUGGGCCUAUCUGGAUAAACCUACCUGGAAUGGGCCUACCUGGGUAAACCUAACUGGAAUGGGCCUACCUGGAUAAACCUACCUGGAAUGGGCCUACCUGGAUAAACCUACCUGGAAUGGGCCUACCUGGAUAACCCUACCUGGAUUGGGCCUACCUGGAUAAACCUACCUGAAUGGGCCUACCUGGAUAAACCUACCUGGAAUGGGGACCUACCUGGAUAAACCUACCUGGAAUGGGCCUACCUGGAAUAGGCCUACCUGGAUAAACUUACCUGGAAUGGGCCUACCUGGAUAAACCUACCUGGAAUGGGCCUACCUGGGUAAACCUACCUGGAAUGGGCCUACCUGGAUAAACCUACCUGGAAUGGGCUUACCUGGAUAAACCUACCUGGAAUGGGCCUACCUGGAUAACCUACCUGGAUAAAUCUGCCUGGAAUGGGCCUACCUGGAUAAACCUACCUGGAUUGGGCCUACCUGGAAUGGGCCUACCUGGAUAAACCUACCUGGAAUGGGCCUACCUGGAUAACCCUACCUGGAUUGGGCCUACCUGGAUAAACCUACCUGGAUGGGCCUACCUGGAUAAACCUACCUGGAUUGGGCCUACCUGGAUAAACAUACCUGAAUUGUGCCUACCUGGAUAACCUACCUGGAUUGGGCCUACCUGGAUAAACCUACCUGGAAUGGGCCUACCUGGAUAAACCUGCCUGGAAUGGGCCUACCUGGAUAACCUACCUGGAUAAAUCUGCCUGGAAUGGGCCUACCUGGAUAAACCUGCCUAGAAUGGGUCUACCUGGAUAAACCUACCUGGAUAAAUCUGCCUGGAAUGAGCCUACCUGGAAUGGGCCUACCUGGAUAAACCUACCUGGAAUGGGUCUACCUGGUUAAACUUACCUGGAAUGGGCCUACCUGGAUAAACCUACCUGGAAUGGGUCUACCUGGUUAAACUUACCUGGAAUGGGCCUACCUGGAUAAACCUACCUGGAAUGGGCCUACCUGGAUAAACCUACCUGGAAUGGGACUACCUGGAUAAACCUACCUGGAAUGGGCCUACCUGGAUAAACCUACCUGGAAUGGGACUACCUGGAUAAACCUACCUGGAAUGGGCCUACCUGGAUAAACCUACCUGUGUGUGAUUCCAGAUGAAACCAGGACAAAAAAAGAACCACAUUUGUGGGAUUUUCUGGAAAUUGUAUCCAUAGAAUGGUCCUUUUUGGAGGAAGGAUUAUUCACAUAUUUGACGUUUUUUACAUUUUGUAUCUAAAGCAUAAUAAAUAAAUAAAAGUAUUAAUCAAA